CUUGAGGCUUAUGGUAAUGCCAAGACUAUAAGGAACGAUAACUCCUCUCGUUUUGGUAAAUUCAUCAGGAUCCACUUUGGGACCACUGGUAAACUGGCCAAAGCAGAUAUUGAAACUUAUCUGCUAGAAAAGUCAAGGGUAACAUUCCAGCUGUCUGCUGAGAGGAGUUACCACAUCUUCUACCAGCUCAUGACUGGACACAAGCCAGAGCUGCUCGAGGCCCUGCUCAUUACCACCAACCCUUACGACUACCCAAUGAUCAGCCAGGGUGAAAUCACUGUCAAGAGUAUCGAUGAUGUGGAGGAGUUCAUUGCCACAGAUACUGCCAUUGACAUUCUGGGCUUCACUGCUGAUGAGAAAAUCAGCAUCUACAAGCUGACAGGUGCUGUGAUGCAUCAUGGGAGCAUGAAGUUCAAACAGAAGCAGAGAGAGGAGCAGGCCGAACCUGAUGGCAAUGAGGCGGCUGAUAAAAUC